CCGAAUUUAUCAAACCCCAAGAACCUCGACCUGACAGCGUAUUCAACAUGCUUAAGGCGACAGUCAUCUCAUUCAUGGCCAUGGCCUUGCCCAUAGCUUGCCAAGUGACGGAACCUGUCGCUGUCCGGUUCUCAACUAACCGUUCCAUCUUUUGCUCAUCGUCAAAGGAUGACUAUUGGAUUUCAGACGGUGUCUGCGUCAGUCUCCCCGGAAAAUGGUUGAGUGUUGACUCAAUCACAAAGACGUGCCGUGGUACGUUUACAUCUUGCUCCUAGCCAAAUGACAGACGCUCACCAUGGCGCAGUGUUUAUCUAUGAGAAC